UACUUCCGGUUGAAUUGGAACAUGGCGAUAACUUUGAAGAACAGUCAAGAAAUGUUGCGAAGAUGUUGGAGACUAGGAUCACGUUUGCAAUUUCCAGUUACAAAACAAAUUCGCUGUAUAGUACCUUGCUUUACACAGUGUCAGAGGUCUAAGUGCAUCAUCUAUCCUAAGAGUUACAUACCAGAGACAUCACUUUCCAGACCCCCAUGGCCAGAGCUACCGUUAGUUGACCACGAAGAAGAGCAAAAGAAACAUCAAGCGGUUGUCCAGAAGGUUAACAACCUUCUUGAAAAUGUAGAAUAUGGCCGGUUAUUUGCAGUUGUCCACUUUGCCAGCCGCCAGUGGAAAGUUACCAAUGAAGAUCUGAUCCAAAUUGAAAACCACAUUGAGGCAGACUGCGGUGAUAGGAUAGUACUGGAAAAGGUGCUGCUUGUUGGAGGGGAGAACUUCACACUCAUUGGGAGACCUCUUCUUAGCCGUGAUUUGGCCCGAGUAGAGGCUACAGUCAUCGAAAAAACAGACUCGUGGCCCAUGGUUCACAUGUGUUUCUGGAAGAGACAUAGGUUUCAGAAGAAGAGAAUUAUUGUACAGCCACAGACGGUGCUUCGGAUCAACAACAUUGAGGUGUCCCCAGGACUAACCUGAGCUGGCACAUUUUGUAAAAACUGUAUGUGUCCCUCAUUUGAGGAAUUUGUAACUCAGUCUAAUGAAAUUUUGAGCAACAUCUGUCUCUGUUAAGGUUAUCAUUUAAUAAAAUCUUGCUCCAGUUGUCCUAUCAUAGAA